AUGGUCCGGAAGGAUGAAGUCACCUGUAAUCUGAUUAUAGGCGACGACAAAAAAACUGUAGUUUAUGGUGUGCGAAUUGGCAACGGUCCAAUUAUGCAAAAAACCUAUGAUGAAUACGACCGAUUCUUCUCAACUGUAAAAGACAUGAUACCGGCCACAAUUUCCGUUGCCCCAAAAAAGAGACUGUUUCAAGCUGAAAGCAAGUUUUUCGAGAAAAGACGACUGUGGAUUCUUGUGAUAAGUCAGCAUCUGGUUGAUAACCAGCAAAGAUGUGAGGACGUCCGCCGAUUCUUUCAUAUUGAAUCACCGGAUGAUGAUGACAAUAACGUUGAUUUGGGACCAAGUGAGAGGAAAACAGCAACAGCCACUGAUUUCGAUUUUUUGACUACAAUUGGAAAAGGAAGUUUUGGAAGAGUGUACCAAGUCCGUCAUAAAGAGACUAAGAAGAUCUACGCUAUGAAAGUUUUGUCGAAGGAGCACAUCAGAAAGAAGAACGAGGUUAAACACGUCAUGGCUGAGCGAAAUGUUCUCAUUAACAACUUCAAGCAUCCAUUCUUGGUGUCUCUUCAUUUCUCAUUCCAAAAUAAAGAUAAGCUGUAUUUUGUUUUGGAUCACUUGAAUGGGGGAGAACUAUUCUCUCAUCUUCAACGCGAAAAACACUUCAGUGAGUCAAGAAGUCGGUUUUAUGCCGCCGAAAUUGCAUGUGCUCUCGGAUACCUACAUGAGAAAAAUAUUAUAUACAGAGAUCUGAAACCAGAAAAUCUUUUGUUGGAUGACAAGGGUUACUUGGUUUUGACAGAUUUUGGUCUUUGUAAGGAAGAUAUGCAGGGAAGUAAGACAACAUCGACAUUCUGUGGUACACCGGAAUACUUGGCUCCUGAAAUCAUUUUGAAGAAGCCAUACGACAAGACUGUGGAUUGGUGGUGUUUAGGAUCAGUGCUUUAUGAAAUGAUUUUUGGAUUGCCGCCAUUCUACUCAAAAGAUCACAAUGAAAUGUACGACAAAAUCAUCAAUCAGCCACUCCGUCUCAAGCACAAUAUCUCGGUUCCAUGUAGUGAAUUAAUCACCGGUCUCCUUCAAAAAGAUCGUUCAAAACGUUUGGGACACAAGAAUGAUUUCCGUGACAUUCGUGAUCAUCCAUUCUUUCUCCCGGUGGAUUGGGAUAAACUUCUGAAUCGUGAACUGAAGGCACCAUUCAUUCCAAAAGUCAAAAACGCAAUGGAUACUUCAAACAUUUCAAAGGAGUUCGUGGAGAUUCAGAUUGAUCCGGCUUCGUUGGCACCACAACAACUUGCUGUCACUCACCGUGACCAUGAUUUUGAGAACUUCACAUUUGUCGACACUAAUCGAGUCUUGGUUUGA